AUGGACUACAAGUCGGCCAAAGAGGCGUUCGUGGCGGACAACCCGGGGACGUCGAUAUGGACGGUUAACGCCGUCAGCUUGGUGGGACUGACAUCAUACUACCUAUACGCUACACAAGCACAAGCCACAUCACGAACUUCCCCAUGGAUCGAUUUCAUCAUCUCCAUCCUCCCCCUCCUCCUCGGUCAGACCGUCUUUUCCUCGCGUCCCAUCGCCUUCAACAUCGCACUUGUGGUAAUCUCUACCAUCACCUGGAAGCUGCUAUCACGGAAAACCGAGCCUGUGCUCGGUCACGAACCAGCGAACCUACAAACACCACCUACCAUAAUCUCUGAGAAGAAGCCGACACGCACAAAAUCGGACAAAUCCAACCUCAUCCCCGGUUUGCGACCACCUCGAUUAAUCCUACCUCAACGACGUCGCUCUCCCUCUCUGACUCCUGAAUCCGAUAUGCACACCAUCAAGAUCAAUUCUCCCUCGCCGACUAGCAACACCUUCCCCCCUAACUCCUCUCAAGACCUCACUUCCACCCCACGAUCGACCCUCGAUCCGGCCACGACCUCAACCUCAACCUCAACCUCGACCGAAGCAUCACCCCUGACGAGAUUCCCACCUCAACCGUUCUUAUCGGUCUAUAGGGCACAGAUGAUGUUGAUGACCAUCGUCGCGAUCCUCGCUGUCGAUUUCCCUGUCUUUCCUAGGGAGUUUGGAAAGUGUGAAGAUUGGGGGACUAGUCUGAUGGACAUCGGAGUAGGGUCGUUCGUCUUCUCUCUGGGCCUUACCUCGGCGGCCCCGUUCCUUCGCCUCGAUUCGCCAACUACCACGGUGCUCAAUACCGUCCUCUCCGGGUUGAGGAAGAGCAUCCCCGUCUGGAUCUUAGGUGUAGUCAGGGUAUUAAUGGUCAAGGGUGUCGAGUACCCCGAACACAUGACGGAAUACGGCGUGCACUGGAAUUUCUUCUUUACGCUCGGUUCUAUGCCGCUCUUCGGAGGGAUGUUUGGGACUCUGAGACGAUGGGUCCGGUUCAGGGAUAUGGGGCUCGUCGUCAUGGUCGUGCAUCUGCUCGGACUUGGGGUGGGGUUGCAGGACUGGGUGAUGGGACCCGAUCGAACAGGUUUGAUAGGUCUGAAUAAAGAAGGAAUCGUCAGUCUGCCAGGCUACAUCGCCAUCUACCUCCUCGGUAUCGACAUCGGCCACUACAUCCUCCCUCCCGACCCUUACUUUGCCUUUCCCGAAAAGCCAUACGUCAAAGAGGAAGAAGACGUCCCGGACUACGACUCGCGCGGGGUCGAAAAGGGUAAAGCGGAGAGACGCAAAGAGGAGCUGGGGAUGAUCUUGGGCAGUUAUGCGAUCAUCUGGUGGAGCUUGUUGGCUGUCGUUUGGUUGUUCGGUGGGAGGGUGUCCAGGCGGUUGGCCAAUCCUUCCUACGUCAUCUGGACAGCGGCUUUCAACACGACCUUUCUCGCUGGAUACCUCUUGGUCGAGCUCCUAGUCUUCGGCGCCGAGAACAAGCGGCAACGAAGGGUGGUUCCACCAUUGAUGGCAGCGUUCAACAAGAACGGGCUGGUCCUCUUCCUAGCAGCAAACCUGUUGACAGGUUUGAUAAACGUCUCGAUGAAGACGAUGUACGCGAGCGACUCAACUGCACUGGUCGUGUUGAGCGGGUACUUGGUCGUGCUAAGCGGGGUGGCAUGGGUGAUACGGCAUAAGAGGUUUAUGAUCUAG